AACAUGCUGCUCCAAGGAUUCUCAGAGGGGUCAGGCUCACACCGGCCGCUUCAGGUGUCUAUCUCUUGAAAUCCUCUAGGGACAUUCCCCUGUUUCGGCCUCGUCUUUCAGGGGGAGAUGGACAAAAGCCCAGCCCGACUCCUCGAGAUUGUGAAGAGCUCCAUCUAUCCUGGGAAGUGAGUUCGUCGGUGAGCCAGGCUGUGCCUGCAGCACCCGACUGGCCCAUGCUGCAGCCAGAGCCCUCCCCAGGGCUGGGAGGCCAGUGCCACCGGCCUGGCCUCCUGCCCCUGCUCCUGACUCUCCUUGGCAUUGCCUGGGCAGAGGUACAGCCACCCCAGCUACCAGAGCAGGCUCAAAUGCCCAGAGCCCUAAGCAGGAAGGAGAGUUUCUUGCUCCUGUCCCUGCACAACCGCCUGCGCAGUCGGGUUCAACCUCCAGCAGCCAACAUGCAGAGAAUGGACUGGAGCGAGAGUCUUGCCCAACUGGCUCAUGCCAGGGCAGCUCUCUGUGGUGCCUCAGCCCCGAUCCUGACUUCUGCCCCUCCAGUGGGCUGGAACAUGCAGCUGCUGCCUGCAGGCUUGGUGUCCUUUGUGGAAGUGGUCAGCCUCUGGUUUGCAGAGGGGCAGCAUUAUAGCCACACAGCAGCUGAGUGUGCCCACAACGCCACCUGCACUCACUACACUCAGCUCGUGUGGGCUACUUCAAGUCAGCUGGGCUGUGGGCGACACUGGUGCUCUGUGGGCCGGGCCGCGAUGGAAGCCUUUGUCUGUGCCUACUCUCCCGGAGGCAACUGGAAGGUAAAUGGAAAGACAAUCGCCCCCUACAAGAAGGGCGCCUGGUGUUCGCUCUGCACAGCCAGUGUUUCUGGUUGCUUCAAGGCCUGGGACCAUGCAGGGGGGCUCUGUGAGGUCCCCAGGAACCCAUGUCGCAUGAGCUGCCGGAACCAUGGACACCUCAACAUUAGCACCUGCCAAUGCCACUGCCCCCCUGGCUACACGGGCAGAUACUGUCAAGUACGGUGCAGCGUGCAGUGCCUGCAUGGCAGGUUCCGGGAAGAGGAGUGCUCCUGUGUCUGCGACGUCGGCUAUGGGGGAGCCCAGUGUGCCACCAAGGUGCACUUUCCUUUCCAUACCUGUGACCUGAGGAUUGAUGGAGACUGCUUUAUGGUGUCCUCGGAGGCAGACACCUAUUAUGGAGCCAAGAUGAAAUGCCAGGAAAAGGGAGGGGUGCUAGCCCAGAUUGAAAGCCAGAAAGUACAGGAUAUCCUCGCCUUCUACCUGGAUCGCCUGGAGACCACCAACGAGGUGACUGACAGUGAUUUUGAGACCAAGAACUUCUGGAUUGGGCUCACCUACAAGAUGACGAAGGACUCCUUCCGCUGGUCUACUGGGGAACAUCAGUCCUUCAACAGUUUUGCUUUCGGGCAGCCUGACAACCAGGGGUUUGGCAACUGCGUGGAGCUGCAGGCAGCUGCUGCCUUCAACUGGAACGACCAACGCUGCAAAACUCGAAACCGUUACAUCUGCCAGUUUGCUCAAGAACACACUUCCAGGUGGAACCCAGGGCCCUGAGACCUGACCCGGCAGCUCUCCUGCCAGCCCCUCGGUACACUGGCCCUGCUGACCUGUCUACCCACUUGUGUGGAACAAAAGUCAGGCUAGGACAACAAGCCAAUGUCCAAAAUGAGUUCUCAGACCUUGCACAAUGCAGGAAGUUGGGCAGAGGGUGGCAUUGAAACAGGUGGGGGUGGGGAGGGGUGCUGGAGAAGCUUGGCAUGGGAAGAGAAAGAGCCUGGGCCUCGGCUGGCUUGAUUGAGAAGAUGGGCUUCUGUGAGGCACUGAAGCAGAAGCCAGAGCUAGAAGUCAGAAGAAGCUGCCAUCCUCCAUCUGGGUCAAACCUCUGGGGCAGCUGGAGCUUUCACCUUCAGAUGUUCCCCAUGAAGGAUAAAACUAAGUCACGAAUCAGCUGGACUUGGAAUUGCUCAGUUUGGAGAAUUCAGAUGACCCAGGAUGAUCCUCAGAAGAUCAGAGGGGGCUUGUCAUCUCACUUGCCCACCAUUCAUCUUGUUCCUUUCCUGCUCAGUCUUGUGACCCAGGCUGCCCUUUGGAUAUUUUCAGGCUCUCCAGUAAUUUGGAAAGCUGACUGCCUCAGUAGGGGGUCCCUCCUCCGGCAACUCCCAGGGCUGGGUCUCAAGCAGGCAGGGUGGACACUGCCCUGAACAUGAUGUGUGUCAGUCUGUGUCUUGUCUCCACUGAUGUGUGCUUUCAGGUGUCAGGGCUCCCUCAUUCAGCUCCUCAAAUAUUGGAGCUAGCACUGAAGUACUGUGUCAGGCACUGUAUUCAAAACUUGACAUUUAUUAACUCAUUUAAACAGACAUCCUU